AUGGGGAUUAAAAAUCCAAAACUAGUCAAUGAACAGAACUGGAGAAAAGUUAUUGUCCUGUCUUCUAUUGGUAUAAUUCUUAUCCUUACCAUAAGCACGGGAUGUGUUGGAUUAGUACUCUGCUUUAUUCGUCGUAAACUAAGACAAACAAGCAGUCAAAUAUCUCCAAUAUCAUUACUUCAGACUCUGACUGUUAUUACAAACCAGCUAGACGAUGGGCAUCAUAUAGAUUGUCGGAUAUAUCCUGGAACUACAAACAACGGUAAUGUUACUGGAAUUGGCUACUCAAAUUCAUUCCGAGAAUCUCAAAUGCAAACAACAAAUUUUGAUGCAAACUAUGGUAUAGACGAUAUCUCCUCUUUGCCUAAUUAUCAUCCUAAUCAAAAUCAAUAUAACCAUCCUUAUCAAAACUGUCAGCCUUUUCGACAUUCUUCAGCUAGUAAUACAGGAUACCAAAAUAAUGAGCUGGUGACCGAAAAUGGAUUUGCUACAAUUCCACGGAAUUACUACUUAUCUAAUCGUUAUAUGAAUUGGAGUGGAUCAAAGCAACCUUCGUUUUGUGUACCUACAGUCAAACCAUUAUCAUUAGACACUGGGAAUUAUAUUCAAAAUUAUGAAGAAGGAUAUGAUGAUGUAGACGAAACAAAUGAUAAUACUACUACUACUGCAGUUACAAUUAUUAAUUCUAAUAGUAAUAACAGCGAACAUUUAUCCAGGUAUCCACAACCUUCCUACAACUGCUUAUCAUCGUCAGUUCAUGAUGGUUACAUCAGUAAUGGAUAUUUUGAUCGUCUAUCUAAGUUUGGGAAUGAUUCUAGCAAUCAAAAUGAUAUUUAUGCCGCACGUAAUGACAAUAAUUAUCUGGCCUAUAAAACGAUAUUGGGUACAGUAAGUGAUAUAAAUCGACAUCAUAUGAAUUCAUCCACUCUACCGCCUACAAUGUCAUAUUCUUCAUCUUUACCACCCCCACCACCACCGCCACUGCUCCCACCACCUAUAGGUCAAGCUCCACCUCCACCUACACAGUUUGCUGAUCUAACUAAUUUCUGAGAUUUUUUCUCGUGUAUUUAUCCCUCAUGGCUAACCAUAAGCUUGAACACAAUAGAAAUAUAUAGUCGGUUGCAAGUGUAUAUAAGACACUGCCUGUUUAUAAUUAUUGUUUAUCCUUAUACUGUGUCUAUAUACUCUUGACUAUCUGAUCAGUAUUUUUAUUCAUCUAAAUUUAGACUUUCAGUUUGC